CAAUGCUUUUAUAAUAAACAAUAAAAAUUCCUCUGUAACCCCAUACAAAAAAGAUGCAAUCCCAAACCAAUGGACCACAUAAAUCAACUAAUAAAUCUAAUGACAUCCUGGAGCAAUAAAAAACAUGAAUGACCCUUCGAGUUUUUUAUAAUACAACUAGACCCAUAUUGCAUAAGAGUGAGAUGGUCUCUUGCCAGUCAGGUGGGCCCAAGUGUCAGACAAACAAGAUCAAGCAGAGAAGGAAGAUCAGUGGGAUUUGGCAGCAUCCAUUCAACCAACCAUUCAGUCCUUCAGAAAGUAAUUAUCACUUUUACUGUGCUAGAUGGGAUGACUAAUGAGGGAGACAAAUAAGAAAUUAGACAAUAGCAAUAUAACAUGAUACGUGCUCUGAAAUGUGUAAGCAUGGUCCUUGGGAAUAAAGAAAGCCUUGAAGGUGAGGACCUCCAAACUCAGUCCUGAAGGAAAAGUUGGCAUUACCUAGGUGAAGGGAGCAGAGAAGGCAGCCUGUACAUAGGUUCCAAGCUGGAGCAUGUUACUGUGAGAGAGCCCUGAGGAGUCCCGCACAUCUGAACACUAAGAAGGAAUUGCAAGAGGUGUGAUGGAGUGGUAAAUAAGGGCCAAAUAAUAAAUAUUUUUGAUUGCUAUGGUGAAAUGGGAUUUUAGCUGACAGCAGAGGAGGCAUGGCAAUGAUGGUAAGUGGACAAAAAGUAGAUGUAGUAAUUGGAGUGUGCGUUCCACACUGCCUCCAUCUUAGCCCCUCUUUGAGGAAUACUCUAUUUGGUUAGAGUUACUGGUCCUUCUCUGUGGUUCACACAUUCGCCUCUUCCUUGAUCUGACUAAUUCUGCUUCUCAGUAUCUCAGAAAAGAUAAGAGUUUCCAACCAUCUAUGAAACUAACUAGCCUCUGGAUGGUUUCUCUUAUCAAGUAGCCCAAAAUAACUAAUGACAACAGAACUUAUGUUUAAGGGAAAAAAAGUUUUAAUAUUAUUCUGUUUAUCUCAUAACUCUUAGGCAUUAAUCAUCAGACAAAAGCAUUCUCUCCCCACCUCCAUUUGUUGUAUCUCCUUUGUCUGACUUCACCAUUCAUCUUAGCAGACUACAGAAAGACAUGAGAAAGACCAAAAACACAUCUCUGGACACUGUGGUGACAGACUUCAUUCUCCUGGGCUUGUCUCACCCCCCGAAUCUGAGGACCCUCCUCUUCCUGGUCUUCUUCUGCAUUUACUUCCUGACUCAGCUGGGAAAUCUGCUCAUUCUGCUCACUGUGUGGGCUGACCCAAAGCUCCAUGCUCGGCCCAUGUACAUUCUUCUGGGUGUGCUCUCAUUUCUGGACAUGUGGCUCUCCUCAGUCAUCGUUCCUCGGCUAAUAUUGGAUUUUACUCCUGCCAGCAAAGCAAUCCCAUUUGCUGGCUGUGUGGCUCAAUUGUAUUUCUUUCACUUCCUGGGCAGCACCCAGUGCUUCCUCUAUACCUUGAUGGCCUAUGACAGGUACCUGGCAAUAUGCCACCCUCUGCGCUACUCUGUGCUCAUGAAUGGGAGGUUAUGUACCAUGCUUGUAGCUGGAGCAUGGGUGGCCGGCUCCAUCCAUGGGUCUAUCCAGGCCACCCUGACAUUCCGCCUGCCCUACUGUGGGCCCAACCAGGUGGAUUACUUUAUCUGUGACAUCCCUGCAGUAUUGAGACUGGCUUGUGCUGACACGACUGUCAAUGAGCUUGUGACCUUUGUGGACAUUGGGGUAGUGGCUGCCAGUUGCUUCAUGUUGAUUCUGCUCUCCUAUGCCAACAUAGCCCGUGCCAUCCUGAAGAUCCACACUGCUGAUGGGCGGCGCCGGGCCUUCUCCACCUGUGGCUCCCACCUAACCGUGGUCACAGUCUACUAUGUCCCCUGCAUUUUCAUCUACCUUCGGGCUGGCUCCAAGAGCCCCCUGGAUGGGGCAGUGGCUGUGUUUUACACUGUUGUCACUCCAUUACUGAACCCCCUCAUCUAUACACUGAGAAACCAGGAAGUGAAGUCUGCUCUGAAGAGAAUAACAGCAGGCCGAGGGGCUGCGAGUGCAAAUAAGUAACUACAGGCUCAGGGACUACCUACAUCACCAUCGCUACCAUUCUUUUCAGCUACUGCCACAUGAGGCAAAUGCUCCAUCAACUGUUAAUGAUUAACACUCAGUAACACUCAAACAAAACUGAACUGAAUUUAACUCUGUUUAGAAGAAACUUCUGAAUUCUUUAGACUCAUAAUCUUUUCAUCUCGUUAAGUUGGUUCAAAUUGUUUUACAUUGUUUUUUAAUAAAUAAAGGAUACACUAUUUAAUAUACCACCUCCUGACUACCUUGUGAGAUAAGAAAAUGCUUUAUCAAAGGUUGACUAGGAUGAGAGUGUAUCAACCUGGUAUAUUAUGCCAGAAGAUGUGAAAGAGAGAAAAUGACUCAAUGCUAGCCUUAUCCCCUUUUCAUUCUCUUUACCUGUUAACUCUAGACUUCUAAAAAUUCUGUGUUUCUUUGCUUUUGCAUGGCAUUAACUCUCUCAAGCACUUGAACUUGUAAAUACUGGAUCAUUUAUAUUUCCUUCCCUUUCCUCACUCUCCCCUUGUGCUAAGACAUGAAAUUCCGUGCCCUCCACCUUUAGAACACCCUGAGGAGCCAGGGUUUGAACUUAGAAUCAUCUGACUCCCAGGUCCAUACACAGUUACGGUUCUUUGAACGUGACAACUGAGCUGAGUUCCCAGUUUGACUCACAAUAAUUCUAAAUACCUUGAUUCCUGCCCUCUGGAAAAGGUUUGCUCCAACUUCUAGCACCCAACCUUCUUCCAGGUGGAAAUGGAAGGUCAGAUAGAGGAAAGAAUUCCUACUGGCAGAGAUAUAAAUUAUAAAAGAGGGGUGAUCCUGCUUCUUGAAAAUCUCUGUGGUAGAAAAAUGUGUGGUUUAGAAACUUAAGACUUUAGGGAAAAAUAGCUGUGGAAAUGAAGUCAGAAUGAAGCUAUAAAACCCUUUUUGGAUACUCCUCAUAAUCACUAAAUUAAAAACAAAGAUAGUAUAUUUAGUAAAGAGAAUAUCAAUAACUUACAUGUCUUCAA